GUCAUUGUUCCAGCAGCUUUUGUAUGGUUUGGCUUACCGCAGCUGGUUUGUCACAGAUGAGGUGGAUGCRGAGGGAACCGAGCCAAAAGAGAGGAGUUGCAUAAUGAUCCAAACCCAGUUCUACUUCAGUAAUCUCAGCAGCUCCUAUAACAUCCUCCAAGACUGUGGCAACUGCUCCAGGCUAAUUCACGCCAAGAGAAUAAACAACACCAACUUGRUGUUUGUGGUAGCAGAGAAGCUGCCGUGCACCACCUGUGAGARAGAGAAGCUUUCCCAAGAAGAAGAGGAGUUCAUGGAGGAUAAUCCGUGUGAAGAAAUUAUGGUGGCACGCUAUCGAAAAGGACCCUUCACCUGUUUUGACAAUAACGAAAAUGAGAACACGUCGGACUGUGGGAGAGGUCAUUCCUUCCGUCCGCCUCUCUUUGCUUUAUUGCUGUUUCAGCUGCUUCUGCUUUAUCCGUCCAUCAGCCCCUACGUUCACUCACUAUUACAUUAACUCCACUCUCCCACAGUUAUCCUCCUUUUAGCCCUCCUGAGCCUCUGUCCUGUCCCGAAACCCCUCCAUCUCCAACCACAGUCUCCUACACCCCACCGGUUCAUAUAGUGGGACUUCCCAUCACAGCAAGUUGGAAGCCCCUAGUAACAGACUACCAAGCUCAAGAUGUUUCUGAGCCGGACUCCUCCUCCUCCUCCUCCCKUCUAAACCACACGGACCAUCAGAGGCAACUCCAAUAAGAGAGAGCAACCCCUCCUUUCAUGGCCACCCCAACUCCACGUCCACCCAGAAAAGGGAGGGGGAUUAGGACAGGUUCUCCCACCUUAAAAAAACAAAACAAAACUGGAGAUUCGAGGUCAUCUGUCCGCCUCUACCUCCUCUGACGGCAGGACUUUUUCCUCCUCUCUGUCCUUCAUCUCAGUCUCUCACCAUCUGCCUCUCGCAUACAGUCGUGGAUCAUUCAGCCAGUUCUAGCASCAUAGAAGACAAAACAAAAAACAAAAAAAUAACACCAAACUGUCAAGUAUACAAGCGGUUAUAGGUUUUCUUGCAGAAGUGAUGAGUAUUCCAAACAUACAGUGUAUUUAGGUUUUAAUUUGACAAGUGUUUAAAAAAAGACAAUUUGUGCGCUAUAUCUACUUGCCAAAACGAGAAAUACCUUCAUGCGGUGUUAUUUUUAUAGCCAAAAACACAAAGAGGAAGUGGUUUUAGAUUUAGGAUAAAAUCAUGAGAGGAAGAGGAGACACUCAGCAGCUGAAUUCUGACUCAUUUUGUGCAGCAUCUAAUUACAGAUUAACGCUUAAAAAAAAGAGGUCCACUGGGGAUUAUUGUAAUUAUGUGAUGGUAAUCAUAUUUCUUGAAGUGUUUUCUCUCGUAUUUACUCUUAAAACGCCGGGGUGUUUUCUGGCUGUAAAAUCGGAAUCAGUGCUCAGCUGCUGCAGGAACAUUGUUGAUGUCGUGUAGUUUUCUCUUUUACGAUCGACCAUCCUGACCUCGAGUUUAAACUGAUGUUAACGGAAAAAAAAAAAUCUAAUCAAAUAAAAAAAUAGAAACUCACCUCUGCCAAUCCUCACAAGGCUUCUUCACCGAUGUUCCUAAUCACYGCUGUCGUCGAUGUGCUUUGGUCGUGUCGCACACGAAAACCUCGCUGAAGUUCCAGGGGAGGUUUAUUUGUUGUUGCUCUCUUUGGGAGGGGCCAAACACGUUUUAUUUUAGUUUCAGUUUUUCUUUGUGGGGGGGGGGGGUCUCUUACUCUUUUCUUUUUGACUGAUGCUGUUUUAACUCCAAAAACCAUCCGCUGCUGGGGGAUAGGGGCUUAUCGACAUUUUCAGCUAUGGCGCAAAAAGAGGGGGGCCAGUAAAUACGGGGGAUCAGUAACCGUCACAGUCACAGUUGGUCAUUUAUUAUUUGCAACGUGUGGAAAGUUUGAGUUUUAGACUCCCAUUUUUUUAGGAGCCACUCUGUUUCAUAGUGCCUUGACGCACUUUGUUUUCGUACACAUCGGCUGUGUAUUAGUAGAGCUACUGUAUAGUACCUUUAUAAAGCAGCCAUGUUUGAGGCUUUGGACGCUACAGGAGACUAAAAUAGCUUUACAUGAGCCAUCGCAUUAAUCGGCUCACAGUUUAAUGUAUUUCCUCCCUCUAGGCUGUCGCUGCUGUUCUCCUCCGGAGCCUCCUGUCUGCCGCCGUAUAGAGCUACUACACCGUUCCUCUACAGAACCAUGUAUAGAGCUACGAUACACUGUCAGUAUACAGCGACUUAAACAGGCCAUAGAGUGUUUCGUUUGUUCUUUUAGGGCCACCUGACUGCUACUGCUCUGCCUGGUUUCUGUGUGUGGAUGUGUUUAAAAAGCCCUCAGAGAAAACAUUUAAAAAAAGAGUUUGAAUGUGUGUGUGUGUGUGUGUGUGUGUGUCCGAGUGGGUGUCAUAGUCUUGUUGUUGUGGUGGAGAAAAGGGGAUGUGAUUUAAAACAAAACGAUCCACCUAUGUAUCGGUCUACUUACGUGUUGAUCUAGAGGAGAACAAGUGGAAGAAUGUGUCAGUGUUUUCUGUUUGAAUAGUUAUCAAAGCCUCUUUAAAUGCCUUAGUGUUACUCGACGCAGAGCUCUGAUACCCCCACAUGUACCCGCCGCCGCACCCCCCUCUUGUUUUUCACCUCAAACCAACCUUGAGGCACUCCCUUUUCUGGCUUUUCUUGGUGUUACGCAGUGAAAGUACAGUGAGCUCCAGUCGUAUUUUCUCUUUUCRUUCUUUCCCACAUCUGAGCCCAGUAUUGAUUGAUGCCUGUUUAAUUAAAUGCUUUGCGAGCGGGUGGGAGUUUUUUCCCGUUUUAAAAGCCUCUGACCUUUUGGUGUUCACACCCACUCAAAAAAAUAAAUAAAUAAAUAAGUAAAAAACCUCACUGUACAGCUCAGGUGGGAAUGACUCGCGCAAACAAAUUUGAACCUUACACUCUGUACAGUCGUCGAUGUGACAAAUCGUGCUGGCACAGGAACUGCAGCUCAGGUCUCGACAAGCCUGAGGAGAGCGAAACGUUUAAAGAGAAGAGACUGUUAAAUUUAGGAUUUCAAAUUUGGCUUUUUUAUUUAUUUAUUUAUUUUAUUUUUUUUUAUUUUUUGCGGCGUCGUUUGGAUGCUGGAUGCAGUUUGACUUUUCUAGCAUUUGUUUGUCUCCGUCCUGUGCCAUUAUUCUAAUUAUUAUUUUGAAAUGUUUUUUUUAUUAUUAUUAUUUCCACUGUCUGUAAAUGAACGCUACACGUGCCUGUGGAAAUGUAACUCCCUGCAACUUCCUCUUUUUUCCUGGAUCUGUACGGUUUAUCACUAAGAGAAAAAAAGUAUAUAUAUAUAAAGCUACAAUUUGUGCACCUGCAGGAAGACAUUAUGCACGCACACACCUGUAAGCAAACAUGUAAUGGCACUUAUUUAUGCCCAGCUGGGAGAUUUCAAACACAGAGCGGAAGUAAGGUGAGGGACAUCGCUCCCCAGGUGGGUUUUUUCUUUUCUCUUUUUUUUUUCAGUGAACAGGUGGGAUUUUAGAGGCAAGCUCAGGGAGUGGGUCUCCACAGAGCAGCUAAACUCACAGACAAAUCGUACACGCUCUGUUUUGACAGAUUUACUUUUUGCCAAAAACAAAAGAUUAAAAAAUAUAUUUAAAAAAAAGUUGGGGUGUGAAAAAAAAAUUGGUCCAGCUUGGGGAUAAAAGGGAGGGGUCAUUUUAAAAUAAGUACAGGAGGGGUUUUAAUGAAGCGCCCCCCUCCUCUCCCGACCCUCGCUGCCUCUGUGUUGGUGCGUCUCUGUGGGAAAGACGUGUGAUUCUGUAGUCUGUAGUCUGGUGCUAUGUGAUCAUGUUUGACAAGUGUGUUGGGAGAAAAAAAAAGAAAGAAAAAAAGCUUCAAAAACAGCAACAUUUAGAGAAAAAAUACAAUAAACCUGUCAAACUUAAAAGUGAACAAAAAAAUAUCUAGGAAAACAGCACUCUUGGUAAGUUUAAGAAAUGUAUUUUUAUUUAUUCGAUUUGAUUUUUUUAAUUCUGUGUGGGUGUGAAUGUUUGUUUGCGUGGAAGUUUUAGCCUCUUCUCCUUUUUUUUCCUUUUUUUUUUGGGCACCGAUCCAUGUCGCUCCAUUCUUUUGUACAGAUGAAGCUAAAAGAAGAAAGAAAAAAAAAAGAAGAGGGCAAAAAUUUGUAAAAUAUCGUGUCUGUGACUCCUUGUAAAAUAUUUUCAAAUUGUUUAUUACAGAGAAUCAGUUAUUAAAUAAUGUUCAUAUUUUUCACUUCA